CGUCUCUCCUUUAAAGCGACACCAGCGCUCCCUUUCUCGACUCUCGGUGCAUCACCCACCCCUGGCUGGCGCUUAUGGGCAUGAAACACUCCUCCCGCUGCCUGCUCCUAAGGAGGAAAAUGGCGGAGAACGCAGCCGAAAGCGCCGAGGUCAACAGCCCCCCGUCGCAGCCCCCCCAGCCUGUGGUCCCUGCCAAGCCAGUGCAAUGUGUCCACCAUGUGUCCACCCAGCCCAGCUGCCCGGGCCGGGGCAAGCUGUCGAAGCUGCUGAACCCGGAGGAGAUGACCUCGCGAGAUUACUACUUUGACUCCUAUGCUCACUUUGGGAUCCACGAGGAGAUGCUGAAGGACGAGGUGCGGACCCUCACUUACCGGAACUCCAUGUACCACAACAAGCAUGUGUUCAAGGACAAAGUGGUACUGGACGUGGGGAGCGGAACCGGGAUCCUGUCCAUGUUCGCUGCCAAGGCAGGAGCCAAGAAGGUGUUUGGGAUCGAAUGCUCCAGUAUCUCCGACUACUCAGAAAAGAUCAUCAAGGCCAACCACUUGGACAACAUCAUUACCAUAUUUAAGGGUAAAGUGGAGGAGGUGGAGCUCCCGGUGGAGAAGGUGGACAUUAUCAUCAGCGAGUGGAUGGGUUACUGUCUGUUCUAUGAGUCAAUGCUCAACACGGUCAUCUUUGCCAGGGACAAGUGGCUGAAACCUGGAGGGCUUAUGUUUCCAGACCGGGCCGCUUUGUACGUGGUCGCAAUUGAAGACCGACAGUACAAGGACUUCAAAAUCCACUGGUGGGAGAAUGUCUAUGGCUUUGACAUGACCUGCAUCCGGGACGUCGCCAUGAAGGAGCCGCUGGUGGACAUUGUGGACCCAAAGCAGGUGGUGACCAACGCCUGCUUGAUCAAGGAGGUGGACAUCUACACGGUGAAGACGGAGGAGCUGUCCUUCACGUCUGCCUUCUGCCUGCAGAUCCAGCGCAACGACUACGUGCACGCGCUGGUCACCUAUUUUAAUAUCGAAUUUACCAAGUGCCACAAGAAAAUGGGCUUUUCCACAGCCCCCGAUGCCCCCUACACUCAUUGGAAACAGACCGUCUUCUACUUGGAAGAUUACCUCACCGUGCGGAGGGGGGAAGAAAUCUACGGGACCAUAUCCAUGAAGCCAAAUGCCAAAAAUGUGCGAGACCUCGACUUCACAGUAGACUUGGAUUUUAAGGGCCAGCUGUGCGAAACAUCUGUAUCUAAUGACUACAAGAUGCGUUAGCACAGCGGGCGGCCGCAGAGCCGGCGGGACGCAGACCUCUGCCCUCCAUCCGCGAGGAACACUUUGCGGGACUCCAGCCCGAGCCGCGAGCCCCGAGCUCCGCCUGGAAGAUCGGUGGGCCCUGCCCCUGGACAGAGAGCACCCCCCACCCCACCCCGCGGCCCCCAGCUCUGCUCUGAGAUCCCUCACACAGGCUUCGCCAAGGUCGCGGACACAGUGCCACCCCCAAGUGCUCGAGCGUGGGGGCGCACGGGGAGGGGUGUCCCCGCAGAGGGCCAAGUCCUCGUGUAACCCCCGUUGUCCUCCUUAACUGUGAACCUCCGAAUCUUCCAAGUUUUGCAUGCUGCAGGCUCCUAGGACAGACUGCUUCAUAGAACCUGGAGGCGUAGUGUUUUUCGGUAGCAUCAGCCAGAUUCUCCGCGCGGUCGUGGUGUGUGCACGCAUGGAU